AUGGGAGAAUUUGUGCCAAAAUUUGAAAGGAAUAUGGAUCUUAAAGGCUUGGGGCCUCGUCCAUUGUCUACAGCUGGUGCAAUUCCUGUAAAGGACGACAAAGGAAGAAUAGUCAUGAAGAAAGUCAAAGUACAGCGUUAUAUGGCAGGAAAAAUUCCGGAAUUCGCUCGUGAUGUGGAUUCUGACGAAGACAAUGCAGAACAAGAAGAAAAACAUGAGGACAAUCAAAGAGAUGAACGUGACCGUUAUAGACACCGAGAGAGUGAUAGCAGUCGCCAAUAUAGCAGGAGAAGUGAUCAUCGUGACAGUGAUAGACAUAGAAGGUUUGAAAUUAUUUUUAGGGUAUUUUAA